AUGCUCCGAAGAAGCCUGCAGGCACCCAGGCCCGACGAGCCUUAUCUGACUGAAGGCCAUGAUGUGAUCCCUAAGAUCGAAGAAGCUCUUGGGCGAAAUAAGGGCAAGGGCGAUAUGCUGCGUAUAAUGGCCAUGGAUAUCGGAGAGGCCUGGUUUAAUAAGGAUGAUGCCAGCCGCGUCAGGAUGGCGAUCUUUGGUUGCGAGAUCCUCCUGCUUAUAUGGUCUAUCGCGAUGUCUGGGAUGGAAGCGGGGUAA